GAUGGAACGCGUCAGUGCAGAUUUCGGCUCCGUAACGGCACCUGGGCAUCAUGUAGUUGAUAUCAUGCCCUGGCUCGCCUAUCUGCCUGGAUGGAUGCCCGGUAUGGGGUUCAAGAGGAUCGCGGCCGAGAUGCGGAAGACGUUGUCAGAGGGGAAGAAUAUGCCCGUCGCCUUACGUCAAAGAGCGGAUGGCUCAAGGGAAAGUUCUGCCUGGUUUUACUUCGAACUGCCUCAAAGAGAUUACCGAGGGAGUUGUCACAUAUGAUGAGGAUAUGGUGGGGUGGGCUUGCGUAAACGUUCACGGAGGUGGUAUCGACACGACUUGAGCUGUCAAUGAUCCUUCGUCGUCAGGAGAACUUUUAACAUUCAGAAAUAGCGCAGGGAGAGAUCGACCGCAUCAUCGGUCACGAACGACUUCCGGGGUUGGCGGACAGACAACACUCGCCCGACAUAGACGCGCUCGUGCAAGAAGUGCUAAGGUGGCAAGUAGUCGCGCCGCGAGGUCUACGGCAUAUUAACACAAGAGGAUGGCAUUCAGAAUGGCAAUCUAAUCCCAAAGGGUACGCCAUGUAUAGCGACUGAGGGUUUUCUCCACGAUUCGUGCACGUAUCGCGACCCAAUGACGUUUGAUCAAUCUCGAUUCCUCGAAAAACCUGGGAGGUCGGCUGAGCCUGACCCACG